CGUUCAGCGGUUUUAACGUAAAAUGAAAUUUUGGGUAUUUUUGGGUAUAUUUUUGUUUGCCGACGCAAUAAGUGGAUAUAAAAUACUUUUUAUUUUUCCACUGAAUGCACAAAAUCACUGGCAAUUUUCGCAACGUAUAAUAAAGACACUUUUAAAUCGGCAUCAUGAGGUGACGUGUAUAACCUCUUUACCUUGGCCUGAAUCGAUGCCUAUCAAUUAUACAGAAGUUUUGGUUGAACUGCCUUUGAAUUUAAGCCAAAUUCUUCAUCAAAAGAAAAUUGGUCAAGCUCAAUCUGCCUUAUCUAAUAUUCUUUUGUUCACAAAACUUGGUAAAAUCCGGGCUGAACAUAUUUUGAACAGUCCAAAUGUUCAUCAUUUUCUGCAUCGUAACGACUUAAGCUUUGAUAUUGUGAUAAAUGAAGAAUUUUACGUGGAAAGCCUAUCGAUGUUUGCAUACCAAUUCAAUGCACCGUUGAUCACAAUCAGUUCGCAUGGUUACUUUGAUUUCUUCGAUCGUCAAUCUGGUUUGUUAACGCCUUGGAGUCAUGUCUCCCAUCCACUAUUGGGCUAUUCCGACAAUAUGUCCUUUUUUCAACGAUUACAAAACACCUUCGUAUCAUUUUCUGACUUGUUAAUUCGCAAUUGGAUUCAUCUACCCAAUCAAAUGAAAUUGGCCAGAAAACAUUUCAGUCAUUUGGGUGAACUACCUACAAUGGACAAGCUAGUGAAAAGUGUGUCCGUGAUUUUAAUAAAUAUGAAUCGAUUCUAUUUGCCACCAAGACCAUCUAUGCCGGGUAUUGUAUACAUUGGUGGUGCUCAUAUUGAAGAACAAAAACCAUUGCCAGUUAAUUUGGAAAAAUUUAUGGAUGGCGCAGAAGAUGGGGUAAUUUUCGUCAAUUUUGGAACAUUUGAAAUGCCAACUGAGCAAAUGGAUAUAUUCUUGGAUGUUUUGGGGCAUUUAAAGCAAAGAAUUCUCUGGAACUACCACGUUGAAUCAAUUCCAAAUAUUCCAUCAAACGUUAUGAUUCAUAAAUUGUUACCGCAAAAUGACAUUUUGGCACAUCCACGCACAAUUUUAUUUAUAAACCAUGGUGACAUGUCACACAAAUACGAAUCAAUUCAGUACGGCGUGCCGAUGCUUAUAAUUUCAUUGUUUGGCGAUGAAUUUGGAAAUGCAAAACUUGCUGAACGCGCUGGAUAUGCCAAACAAUUGCAUUAUAAUGAACUUAACAGUGAUUCAUUGAUGAGCUGUAUUGAAGAAAUGACGUUAAACAAAUCGUAUUCGAACGAAGCCAAAUAUAUGUCGAGCAUUUUCAACGAUAAUUUAGUAUCUGGUAUGACUGAGGCUAUAUGGUGGAUAGAACAUGUGGCCAAAUUUCAAGGAGCAAAACAUCUUAAAUCACACGCCAUCAAUAUGUCUUUGUUUUCAUACUUAUUACUCGACCAAUUUUGUGUGUUUAUUCUGUGGUCAGUAGUAGCAGCAAUUCUGAUGUAUUUUCUUAUCAAAUUUGUUAUAAAAGUCAUUAGCGAAAGAAAAAGACAAAAACGUUUGAAACUCUAUUAAUUUUGAAUUCAUACCAAACUAUCUUUCGGGCAUAUAAACAAUAAUUUUUAACACAUUUUCGAAAUCAUCAACUUCUAUAACUACGAAUACCUAUUAAGUAUUUUAUCAAGACAAUAAAAUCGAGUAAUAGAAUCAUCA